AUGUCGGGUAUUAUCGCCGUCAUGCCCGUUGGCCAUAAUAAUCCCUUGCCCCCGCGCACUUCUCUUCCUGCGUUUCACCCAACUGACAUCCAAAAGCCAAAGACACUAUCCGCCAUGACUGAAAGAUCGCAAAUUCAGCAGCAAACGGAUGUAUUUCACUCUCAAGACUCUGGAGCCGGUCCUCCAUUGAGUGGUGUCCACAACUCUCGGUCAGAUCCUCAUAAUUCGAUCGAGGGCUACAACCGUACCAUGUUGGAGUACACCCAGCGUCAAAUGUCUUCCUUUGUCGACCUUGACGAAGCGAAUGCCAACGGCGGUGGCGCGAGCAGUCGCAGCAGUCAAAGCAGCGGUAACAGUGGCACCUCAGGCAGUGGUGUCUUGGCCGGUUCCGCUAACGGCCCUUCAACCACAGCCCCUGCAUCAGCCGACGCUCGCCAGGCUCAGCAGAUGUCCUCUCGUGAGUCCAACGGGAGAUCCUUCUAG